GUUUAUUUUCAUUUUAUGCAUUUAAGUGUGUGCCUGCAUAUCUAUCUGUCUGUGUACCACAUGGGAGUCUAGUGCCCAUAGAGGCCAGGAGAGAGCAUUGUAUUUAUUGGAACUGGAAUUACAGAUGGUUGUGAGCCACCGUGUGUGUGCAGGUAAUCAAACUGGGGUCCUCUGGGAUAGCAGUCAGGGUUCCUCACUGCCAAGCCACUCUCCAGCCUUGGCAUCGCAUUUUUUUGUUUGUUUCUUUCUUUUUGGUGUUUGGAAACAGGGUUCUCUGUGUAGCUUUGUGCCUUUCCUGGAACUCACGCUGUAGCCCAGGCUGGCCUCGAACUCACAGAUAUCCGCCUCAGGCAUAGCAUUUUUAUGGUGUUGGGCUCAGCCAAAAAAUAGUAAAAUAAGUAACAUGGGUUUCCUGGUGACUCUGUCCUGGUGUAAUGACCCAAAACUCUUGGUUUUCCUCCUGAGUACCUUGGCUCAUAUGGCCUCCUGGAAGCCAGUCAGCGCACCGAGGGUUUCUGGCUUUGUGACAGAGGUCACAUCCACACUAAUCUUCUCUGUCUUGCAAGCGCUAUGAACUAACCCUGUGGGUCCUACUCUGGUCGGAUAGCUGGUCACAAGACACGCCUUCUUCUAGAAAGGUCCUGAAGGGCAGGCCAAGGAAAAUGCACACAAGUUGACCCUGCAGUCGUGGCCGAUCCAGGCUCUCGGGCGCCAGUUCCCACCUCCCUGCCCGGUCACUGCUCACCAGGCAGUCUGCGGUUUAGUCAUGGCCGCUCCAUGCGGUCCCCAUGAAAUGUCCCAAUCGCUGAACUGGGGAGAAUGGCCCUGGGAGGGUCUCAGGGACCCUGGUCCCAUAGACAACCAAUUAAAAAACGUUUCUCCAGUCCUACUGUUUAUUAAUUUUAUUUCACCUUUUUUUAAUGUUUUUUUUCAAGACGUGGUCUCAUUAUGUAGCCUAGGUUGUCCUGGAAUCCGCCUGCCUCUGCCUCCGAGUGCUGGGAUUAAAGGCAUGUCACACAGUUCAGCCUAGGGUGGAACUUGUGGUUCUCCUGGCUCAGCUUGUUCAUGCUCAUGUGCGGACACGAAACCCCACGCUUGGCUUCACCUUUCUUUUUUUUUUUUUUUUUUUUGGCUCUGGUGAGGGGAUCCUCUUGGCCCUCAGACACUGCUUCUCAUUGCUCUGGGGUCACAGCAAGCCAGGGCAAGAUGGCAGGUGCCAGACCCGAGGAGGACGGCAGCCCCACAGCAGGCCUCACACACACACCCCCUGCCACCCAGUUCUCUGCUACUGAAUCCUCAAGUCAUGAGCUCGGCUGAGUCGCCACCUCCCUGGCCCACCGUGCCCGGCUGACUGACCGCAACCUAUGAUUAGGCACCCACAUUCCUCACGAGGGCUCACAGCCCACAUCCAGAAGAAGGCAUCAGAUCCCAUUACAGAUGAGCCACCAAGUGGGUGCUGGGAAUUGAACUCUGGACCUCUGAAGGCGCAGCUCGUGCUCUAAAACGCUGAGCUAUCUCUCUAGCUCCGUUUGCUCUUUAAUUUUUUUGUUUUAUGCAUUGCCAGAGAUUGAACCAGGGCCUCACAGCUAGCAGGCAAGUGAUCUCCAUUCAUGUGCAUCCAGAACCUUUGUUGUUGUCUGAGACGGUCUCUGCCUGCCUCUGCUUCCUGAGUGCUGGGAUUAAAGCCCAGCCCCCACCUUGAACUUUGUCUCAAACCCCAGAGGGCUGGGAUGACGCGCCUGUGGAUGCAGCGCUGUGGAUGGAAGGCAAGGUGCCCUGGACGCUAGGCAAUCACAAACUGCUCCAGCCUGAGCCCCAAUGUGUAUUUCAGAGUCCACACACUUGCUUCAUCCACUGUACAGAUGAGGAAAAUGAGGGCCCGAGUGGACCCAAAACCUCGGACCACGGCCACCUUCCAAAGCAGUGUGAACGACAGGGUUACAGCCGUCUGAGGGCAGAUGCUCUUUGCGUGACUACAGAUGGCCCCCACUUCCCCCCCAAGUCUCCUCUCUGUGGAUAUCUCAAAACGUCAAGCAGGGCCCGGGUUUCGGCCACCCACCCGCGGGUCUUGAGCCGGCAACACAGAGCUCUCCCCACCGCAGGACCCAAGAAAAAAAGGCCCCCAGAUACACGACGGCGGACCGGCACGCGCGCGGCCUUAUGGGAAUUGUAGUCAAGUCUCCGUCUCCGCCUCGAGCAGGCCCCGCCCACGGAACUACGUUCCCGUCGUGCCCCGCGGCAGGAGGCGGGGCGGGCCCCGUUGCUAGGACUUGGAGAAGCGUGGCGCUCUCGCGGGCGUCCCUCAGUCGAACACCGCUGAGGAUGGAGUCCUCCUCGGGCCUCGCAGAGCCGCCUGAGCCUGAGAAGGCUGGAAGUGAGGAGCGAGAGCCGGCGCAAUGGCAAGCCCUCCCCGUCCUGUCCGAGCAGCAGUCGGGGGCCGUGGAGCUGGUGCUGGCCUACGCCGCGCCUGUCCUGGACAAGCGCCAGACGUCCCGCCUGCUGCGGGAGGUGUCCGCCGUCCACCCGCUUCCUGCCCAGCCCCACCUCAAGCGGGUGCGCCCCAGCCGCAGUCCCGCCGCCGGCGGCGCAUCAGAUCUGCUGCUGUGCCUGGCAGGGCCCUCCGCAGGCCCGCGCUCGCUGGCUGAGCUCCUCCCCAGCCCGGCCGUGGACCCGCGUGGCCUGGGCACACCAUUCCUGGUGCCCGUGCCCGCCCGGCCGCCGCUCACCCGGAGCCAGUUUGAGGAGGCGCGGGCCCACUGGCCCACGUCCUUCCACGAGGACAAGCAGGUGACCAGCGCGCUGACCGGGCAGCUCUUCUCUGCGCAGGCGCGAGCGGCCAUGCAGAGCCACAUGGAAGAGGCCGUGUGUGCCGCCCGGAGGGCAGCUGCCCAGGGCCUGCGGGCGGUGGGCGCUGUGGUGGUGGACCCAGCCUCGGACCGCGUGCUGGCCACAGGCCAUGACUGCAGCGGCCUGGCCAGCCCCCUGCUGCACGCUGUCAUGGUGUGCAUCGACCUGGUGGCCCAGGGGCAGGGCCGUGGCACCUGUGACCUCAGACGCCACCCGGCUUGCUCCUUCGCCCCGGCUACCGCCGCCCAGGGUGCACGUGCUGGCAGCGUGCGCAAGCUGGAUGAGAAUGAGGAUGGCCUGCCCUACGUGUGCACCGGCUACGACCUGUAUGUUACCCGCGAGCCCUGCGUCAUGUGUGCCAUGGCCCUCGUCCACGCCCGCAUCCAGCGCGUCUUCUAUGGGGCGCCCUCGCCCGAUGGCGCCCUGGGCACGCGCUUCCGUGUCCACGCGCGGCCAGACCUCAACCACCGCUUCCAGGUGUUCCACGGCAUCCUCGAGGACCAGUGCUGCCAGCUGGACCCCGACCCGUAGGCCUGGUGACCUUCCACUUCCAGACUGUUCUCUGCUCCUGGCCAGCCCACAUCCCCCGAAGCUCCAUGGCCUUGGACCCUGGGGGCCUCACCCUCCGUGUCUAAGGACACUGACCA